AUGCUCAUCGUCGGCGACGACGACGACGGGCCUACUGACGAGGUGCCGGAAAGGCGGGACGCAGCCUCGAAGAAGCGGCGCGCCUAUGUCACCAGACACGUGGCGCCGGGCAUUCCUUCAGCGGGAAAGAUGUCAGGAUCGGCAUCCGGAUUCACGACUACCAUCGGUGACCCUAGCUCCGACUUCCAGCAGGAUAUUGUGUAUACAACUACUGUCAAAGUCGGAGGAGUCGAUGUCCUCGUGCAACUAGACACCGGUUCCUCUGACCUCUGGAUAUACUCACCGGAUAAGCAGCCAAAGCUGACCCACACGACUUCAUUUGAUCAUGCCAACUUGACGUACGGCAUUGGAUCCGUUGCCGGGAGGAUUGACUUCGCUGAGGUAGAAGUUGGUCCAUACACGAUCCCCUCGCAAGCUUUCUUGAAUGUCAACGCAUACGACAACGAACCGCUCUUCACCCUGGGGAUAUACGGCAUAUUGGGCUUAGCCUUCGACCAACUGUCUGGGAUCGCAACAGGUCUCGAGUCCGUUUGGGGUAAUACGCUAGGCCGCACUGUCUUGUCCAACAUCUUCCAUCAGAACACCUCCCAGCCUAACUUCAUCAGUAUCCUCAUCGGACGCAAUACUGACAUCGAGAAUCCCAACAACGGUACCUUCACGAUCAUCGCUCUGCCGAAGGGAAAGUUAUUGGAUUCGCCACCUCGCUGGAAUAUCAUUUUGGGCGAGCUCACGGUCAAUGGGAAGUCCUUUGACUUUAACACCCUGGACUCCAGCGAUCCAUCAACUCCCAAGGGCAAAGCUGUCGCAAACCUUGACACAGGAUAUACAUUUGGCCCCAUCGCCAAGACCACGUUAGAUUUCAUAUAUUCUUCAAUCCCUGGAGCCGUGUACAGCGAAGUGGACUCCCAGUGGGUGGUGCCUUGCAUGGGCGCCGCUAACGUUUCAUUUAAUUUUGGAGGCCAGGAAAUAAGCAUCCAUCCACUUGACCUCACAUCCAUUCAAGUCCUCUGGGCCCCUAACGGAACGAACGCGACUGUCUGCCAGAGCGCCUUUGUUGCUGCAGCGCAUUCCCGCGCUUUACCAGGUAUCGAUCUCCUGCUCGGUGAUGCCUUUUUGAAGAACGUUUAUGCUGUAUUCGACUUCGGCGACUAUGUCCAGCCUGAAGACAGUUUAAACGUUACCGACCCAUACAUCCAGCUCCUUGCCACCACGACUGACACGGCGGAUGCACAUAAGGAUUUCCAGUACUCGAGAUCCCAGAUGCUGAAGAACCUGCCCCCUACCCUGACUCCCGACGAGUACAUCACGCUGCUCAACUCCGUUCUCGCCAACAGUGAGACAUCGUCCGCUUCGAAAGGCGGCAACAGGGAUGCUGAGCUGCUCAGUGCCGAAUCCGCUUCGUCGUCAGAUCCAUCCGGCUGGAAUACAAUUGCGAAGAAGCUUGACCACUACGGGCCUGCGGUGCUGGGCUUGCUCGCAGGAAAUUUAUUAAUUGGUGUUAUCCUCGCAGUCAUCGGCAUAAGCUUGUGCGUCCGCCGAGGGGUGGGGGUGAAGCAGGGACCGUCUAUACGGACGGUUAACGCUAGCUACACACCUGUCCGACUGCCUAAGGGUAACAACGUAUAG